UUUUAGAAAAAAAACCGAACCAGUAGUACAUUUUUUGCAUACGGGCCAAGAAAAAUCAGCUUAAUUGACAAACGUGGUGGCGGAGGCGGUAGUGGAAGUGUAAACAAAACAAGAAUGGAAGAGCUACGGAAACUGGAGAAAGUACAGAGGAUGGUACAAUUCAUGGAUUCACGAGGAGUUUCAGUUUCAAACUCCGAUCACAACUGUAACCGUUUCCUCGCUAAUUUCAUGUUCUUUCUGUUAGAACCGUGCGGAGAACUCGCCAUCGACGACAAAUGCUGCUUGAUUUCUGAGCUCAUACCUAGGCUUUCUUCUCCGUUUGUUGAGGAUGCGCAUCAACACAUUGUUACAGAACAAGAGAAUAGUGGUUUUGAACAAAAUCUUGUUGGAAAUGCAUUGCGUAGUUGCAGUCAGAUGAAAGAAAAUAAUAUGUUGCAAAGUUAUAAUGAAAACAUAGCGAUGAUUGGGCUGGAUUCCAUGCAAAAGGCAAAUUCUACCCUUGAGGAUUUUUGCAGAUCAUAUUUUAUGUUUCAUGGAUUGGAUGUAAGCAAGCCGCAGUCGAUCUUCAAAGUCUUACCUAUACUUUCAUUCACAGAGAGCUAUAUUUAUCAGCUGGAUAAAAUGAAUGAGAAUUUACUGCAAACACCAAAAAGGAAAGAUGAGAAAGCAACUCAAGAUUUGGUUUCUUGCUUCUCGACUGACCCAUUUGGACCACUUGUGACUAUUUUCGAACAAAGGGGUCUUUUGACAGAAAGGAUAACAGAAGAACUUAGACAUGGGGAAGAGUACUGGGCUCUUGAAAGAAAGCUCUGUCAUGCACUGAUAAAUGAAGAUGAGAUUCUUAUUGAUGAUGUGAUGAAGGCUAUUCAUUUAAAGUCUUUUGAUUACCGAGUGCUGAAUCUUCUUCUCUAUCAACUGCAAGGGGCAAAGGCUGAUGAGUUGCAUAUGGAGUUUCUUUCAAUUUCAGAGUUCUUAGUGGAAGUUUCUGAUGAUCUGUAUGACUACGAGGAUGAUGUUUUAGAAAAUAAUUUCAACGUUUUGCGCAUGUUUAUCAGAAUAUAUGGAGCUUCAACUGCCCCUGCUAUGUUGGCAAAGUGCAUUACGGAGGCUGAAAGUAAGUACAAAAGUUUACUGGAACUACUUGAUCCAAAGCUGUCUGUGAGCUACCAGAAGAGAUGCGCCGAAGCCACUGAAGAAGGUGGAAAGGCAUCGGAGCACCCUCUUGGUACGUGGUGUAUUCCUUCCGUGAUUCAAGAUGAGGAAUUGUAUAGAUCAAGCUUGAAAUCAGAUACUUCCUAAAUAUAAACUUAUCUGUGUCAGAGGUAAUUGUACCAAUUAUAGUGUUUUCAUUUCAAGUGUCUUGGUCAUGUUGAUCACAGAAUGCUAGAAUUGAAUUCGGAAGAAAAAUAUCAAAUGGUACUUUUUCAUUGUGAAAUAGCCUAUGAAAAAGUUUUCGAUCCAAUUAUGAUCGGUCAAGGCAUUCAUGACAAUUUUCACAAUAGUUUUUAUACCGUAAUUGGAAUAUUUAUUUUUUUCUACUA